AUGCACUCCUUCGGAAAGAUCGCUGUCUCCGCCGUCGCGGCUCUUGCUUCUGCCCAGGUCGGCUCUGCUGCCUUCCUCGCCAUCCCCGCAGCGGCCGCUGCCGGAAUCGAGUCCAUCUCUGCCGCUGUCGGUGCCGCCGCCGCAGUUGCAGGAACUGUCGUCUCCGCCGUCAAGGACCGCAGCGUCGACGAGGAGCAGCAGUUCGUCAAGCCCCGCGUUCCUAGCCGCAUCGAGCGCCGCCAGGACCCCAACCAGCAGGCCUGGAACGACUGCCACGCCCAGCUCACCGGUGCUUCGAUCACCUUCUCCGCUCAGGAGCCCGGAAACGUCUUGGUUGAGGGUAUCCCCUCGGCUUGCAUGACGCUCUCGGGUGUCGUGACCGGCCAGUACAACGCGGGCAACCCGGUGCCCAUGGGCACCGACAAGAUCCUCUUCCAGAACCUCUCCAACGACGAGAUCAACCAGAUCCAGUCCGCCUUGGACGCGCACCCUUCUCACGCUUAG